AUGGUACUGUCAGAUCCGAGUCCGCUCCUCUCAGUAUCGUCGCCGAUCAACAAUAUCGCCCUCCUCCAUAAGGAUGCCGCCUCUGCCGGCAACGCCGUCGUCUCGACCCUGAGCAGUCAAAAAACGCCUGCCGCGCCAGCAGCGUCAGCAACCGCAGGAACAACAGGUACAGGAACAGACUCAACAAGGACGCCAAAACAACCAACAGUAGCAACAACAACGACAGAGACUUCAAGACCCAGCAAGACACGCGUGUCGUCUUCCUCCUCGUCGUCUUCCGAGGCAGCGAUAGUGUCCAAGAGUCGUUCCAUGCAUGCACGAGCAAAGAACAGUCAGCAGCGGAUCGUAGAAGGAAAGAGUAUGCUCUCGUUCAUGUACAGACACCAACUUGAUGUGCCGGCAGCGAUCAUUGCAGUGGUGCUUGUGAGCCAUUUCCAGUUGAAGAUACCCUUUGCCGAGACGUUCCUCUUUCUCCAGAACCAGGACCCGAUGAAUGGACUCUACUCGAAAGCAUGGACAGACUUCAAUUUUAUCGGCUUCUGGAUCGUGGUCUUUACCUUCCUGCGGGCCUUUGUGAUGACGAUUGUAUUGAAGCCGUUUGCGAUCUGGGCAGGCGUGAAGAAAGAGCACCAACAGAACCGGUUCCAGGAGGAAGGUUGGGUCUGUCUCUAUUACUCUAUCAGCUGGAUCCUUGGCAUGUACGUUUUGAGGACAUCGCCCGUCUGGAACAGUUGGACAUUCUGGUUCAAACCCGAAGCCCUCUUUGAAGGCUACCCACACACCCAACUGCCCCAUGUCAUGAUCUGGUACUACUAUGUCCAGCUGGCCUUUUGGCUGCAGCAGAUCUUUGUCCUUCAUAUCGAGGCACCCCGGAAAGACUUUUGGGCACUCUUAGCCCACCACACCGUUACCCUGUUGCUGAUCAGCGGAAGUGCGUUGUCCAACUUUUGGCGCGCUGGUAAUGUCGUCUUUGUCCUCAUGGAUCUGGCCGAUAUCAUUCUUGCCUUCUCAAAGUCGAUGAAGUACUUGGGAGUGUCAGACAGGAUCUGCGACGUGUUCUUUGGGACGUUCAUGGCGACAUGGCUGUACACACGGCACUACAUGUACGCCUACAUCCUCCAUGGAUUCAUGUUUACUGCCUACGAGAUGAUCCCCUUUGAACUGGAUAUCUCGCAAGGCAAGUGGUACUGCCGGGAAUUGGCCUGGCUGCCCACCUUGGGUCUGGCGCUGUUGCAGAUCUUGAUGGUCUACUGGUUUGCGCUUAUUUUGCGGAUAUUAGUCAAGAUCUUGAAGGGCCAUAGUGCUGAGGAUGAGCGUAGUGAUGACGAAGCGUAA